AUGCAUAUGCUCACACUUUUACUCGUAGCAAUAAUAGCUCUAACUCAAUGUGUGAGCGCAACUCAAGUGUCCUUUAGAAGCUGUGCAAACCAGAACUCUCUCAAUGUCAGCAGUGUGGAAGUCAUAUUCAAUGAAAAUAAAAAUACACUUGCUUUUUUCAUACAAGGGACUUCGAAUAAGGAAGUAUCAGGAACUGGGCCGAAUUUUCUGGCGACUGCAUUCACUACUGUUAAAGUACUGAGCGAAAAGCUAGUCGAUAACGCGGAACAAUAUUGUCUUCAAGUUGCGUGUCCAUAUCCUGCGGGACCUAUAACAAUAGAGAAGUUGGUGAACUUACCCCGCGCGGUCCCACUUACAACUCUAACUGUAACCUACAAAGCAUCCGAUGAAAAUGCAACUCAAGUUACGUGCGUCGAAUUUGACUUUACUCCUCAAUACAACUACUAUUCUCAAGUGUUCACAUGGCUUCCUGCUUCAAUGACUCUAUUCACCUGGCUUGUCAGCUCAGUUGCAAGUGUAUUCGGUCCCGGUCAACUCACGACUGAUCUAUUCCAAAUUACAAGCAGUCAGGAGCAAGUCUUAAGGUUAAAGACUCCAGGGUUUUUUGAUAUAAUGUUCUAUACUCAAUUUGCAGUCUCAACUGCUCAGCUCUCGUUGGAUUAUCCCGGAUAUUAUCAGCCAUUUAUGAGUCAUUUUGGGUGGGGUAGUUUGAUAUUUAAUCACAGUGAGAUAAUAUCAAUUCAGAAUGGAACUACCGUACUCAGUGAUAUAAACGUCAUCAAGACGAAGGCCCUGGAGGUUACUAAGAGGGCGGGUAUAUUCUUGUCCGAGACAAAAAAUUUAGUAGUAUUGACGCUGGAAGAGAGUCUUGCUUUGUAUGGAGGUUUUGGCAAUUAUGUAUUAUUUACGGAUCCACAUCCGGGGAACUUGUUUCCGGAGACUUUGGUUAUUUUUUUAAUAAUAUUCGCAAUCGUGGCUGCGAUGUGUGGGCUGAUAUGGGGAUCGUGGGAGACAUUGAAGUCAACAUUCUCCGGGAAGUUUAGAGGAUCCACGGCUAAAGGGUUUUCUCUUUUACAAGGAAGUCUAUUACGCGUCUUCUUUCUCUUCUACUUUCCGCUUCUCGCAGCAGCCUUCUACCAGCUGACGAUACGUAAAAUCACCCCUGCAUGGUUCACCGUUCUAGCUGUGAUAGUCGUAAUCAUUCCAUGCCUAAUACUGCCUAUUGUAAUAUCAAUAUACCUGUUACGUAAUAGCGAUCAACUCUACUCAAAUAUUCAUAUGCUACUACGCUACGGCACUUUAUAUAACACAUUUAAAAAGGAGUAUACAAGUUUUUUAAUAGUUGUAUGGAUAUACCUGUUUCUCAGAGCGAUGGUCACUGGAAGUGGACAAGACAGUGGUGCAGCACAGGUAGCUUUGUUGCUCUUAAUAGAAAUAUUGUAUUUGAUUGCUAUAGUUGUCAAGCAGCCCUAUAAAGAGGGAGGGUUGAACUCCAUGUAUGUAGCCUUAGGGGUGUUCAGGACGUUGAUAUCUGGACUGCUUCUUUUGCUUAUUCCGAACAUUAAUAUCGCAAGUGAUACUAGAGAGAUAGUCGGGUAUGCCGUUAUCACUUUUCAUGGGCUGGCAUAUUGUACUUUCACAGUUCUCGCUUUGAAACACCUACUUGAAGUAUUAUUCGGUUGGUGUGGAAUACUCCCAAAUGACGAAAUACCACAGAUAGCAGACGUCAAAGGAAACACCAGAUAUUCAGCGCCUAGUGAUAAAAACAGAAGCAGUGCGGGUAACAGUGAGGAGGAUCGUAGAGGAAGUAAUGCUGCUGUUGUUCGUCACCAAUCCCAACCCCAUACGUAUGAGCAUGUCCAGCAUGUCCAUGAGGGGUCGGUGAGUGGCACCGUAUCAGAUGAAAAUGAGUCCACAUAUCACGGGUCACAAAGCACUCGAUUAUCUUUUGCUGAUAUGACAGAUGAAAGUUAUUACCGUCCAUCAAAAUUAGAAUGGAUAAGAAAGAGACAUCCGCCGAUUAAUGGCAAUGGUAACCAAACAACAUCAGUAGCUGUACCACAAUACUUUGGCGAUGCGCUCGACGAACGCAAUAACAGUAUGCAAAGCUCAUAUUCCUUACCAUCUAACAAUUCAGACACAGUCGCGUCUAUGAGCUCACCGAGACGAACUACUCCACUAGGACAAAUGACCAAUAUUCAGCCGUGGAAUCAUAAUAUACCAAUAUCAUUAUCAUCGUCACCCGGAAUCGCCACUAAUGUCCCCCCCGUGCAUGGACGAGUCGGAUCGGUUGAUUCAGUAGUAAUGAUGCAUCCUGGCCCAGUAUCUAGUACGGCAGAGGAGAGCACUACUUAUCAACCACCACGCCAACCACUUGCAGGCGAAUAUAGUACGUUUGGAAGGCAAAAUAUCAUUUCUGACAAUAUUACUGCUCCUCCUCCCGGAGUACCUCAACCUGGUCAGUCUAGUUCGUUUCUUUCUCGGUUUGCCAAGAAAAUAUUUGGCACUAAGAAAAAGCCAGAUGACGUAAGCUCUGGCCCGUACGCUCCAUCCCGCCGUGAUAAUGGAUCGUUGAUAGAAAGUCCAAUAGCUAGGGGUACACUGUUUAUUGUUAACCCGGAUGAGAGAGAGAGAGCGAGUGUUGUUCACGUUGGAUUCCCUGCAUCUGAAGAUUUUAAUAUUGAAGCCGGGAAGCAUGACGAUGGGAAUGAUAAUGGUAUUUUAACCGGAAGUGGAAACAAUUCGGAAUACCAGAGCAGAAAUAAUUUCGCAAGUGAAAGUCAAAAUAAUACGAACACCACCGGGGUUUUCAGCAACACGUCUACAGGAAUGUCGUCAAGUGGAUUAUCGGGCGGAUUGCUAGGAGGGUGGACAGCCGACAGAUCAGCUACUUCGUUUACUGGUUAUCCUGCUGGCACGUCAGUUGGACAGUCUGAUACGCCGACCAGUAGGUCACCUUAUUCCAUAUUGCCGACCUUGUCGCCGAAUUUACCACCCUCUGUAUUGCCCACUUUGUCGCCGAAUUUGUCACCCGUCUCAACACAUUCAACGCCUGCUUUAUUGCCCACGUUGUAUACCGCGCAAUCUCCUGUACCGCGCAAUUUUACAUCUACUUCACAACGCUCUUUAUCACCACCCCCAUUAUCUCAAUCUGCUAAUACCUACAAUGCAUUUCCUCAAUAUGGCUAUGCCAGUGGCAGUGACAGCCAAAGAUUUGAAAUUGACGCAACAAGGAGCACAGGAUCAACGUCCAGUCACUAUGACGACGAUGAAGAUAUACUUCCUGUAGAAAGCGAAUUUAAUCGGAAUAAUUUCAUAUGA